CUCUGGGCAGCACAUGGCGAGGCAUUCGUGUUUUGGAGCUAAAAUCACGACAUCGAUCCCCUGUCGCUCGAGUCUCGGAUUUUUGAUAUUGGCUAUAUACUCUCUCAUCUCCCUCUGCCUCGUUCAGAAUCUCGUCAUUGCACCCUGCUACAUUAUCUGAGGCCUUGUUAUCCGGGCUGAUAACGAUCCAAAGGCACUCUACGCGCAUUUCCGACGCAGAAGAUGUCCGCAACAGCGGGCCGUUUUCUGGCCAAAGCACUCGGGAUUGAUCUGCCAUCCAACGACCCCUCCGAGUCUCGCGAUGGAGCUGGUCUGCCAGACCAUACGGGCUCCUAUGUGGAGGUCGAGCCGACCGCGGGGGAAUGGCUGCGAGGGCUCGUUCCCUCCCGCCGCCAGGUGGGCCACUACUUCUACAGCAUGUUCCCUUUUCUCCACUGGAUCUGGAGCUACAACCUGCAAUGGUUCAUCGGAGAUCUCAUCGCCGGGGUCACGGUGGGCGCCGUGGUGAUCCCGCAGGGCAUGGCCUAUGCCAUUCUGGCCAAGUUGCCCGCGGAAUACGGCUUGUAUUCGUCCUUCAUGGGGGUCUUGAUCUACUGGUUCUUCGCCACGUCUAAAGAUAUCACCAUCGGGCCGGUGGCCGUCAUGUCCACCCUGGUAGGCACCAUCAUCAUCGACGUUCAAGCCAAAUACCCCGACGUCGAAGGGACGACCAUCGCGCAAGCCCUCGCCAUCAUCUGCGGGGCCAUCACCACCUUCAUCGGCCUGUUUCGCCUGGGCUUCAUCGUCGAUUUCAUUCCGCUGCCGGCCAUCACGGCGUUCAUGACCGGGUCCGCAAUCAAUGUCUGUGCGGGCCAGGUCAAGACGAUGCUGGGGGAAACCGCCAGCUUCUCCACGCGGGGGGCCACCUACCGAGUCAUCAUCAACACCCUCAAAUACCUGCCCUCGUCGCAGAUGGACGCUGCCAUGGGCGUGACGGCGCUGGCCAUGCUGUAUGGCAUCCGCGCGGCCUGCAAUUAUGGCACGCGGACGAAGCCCCAGCGGGCCAAGCUGUUCUUUUUCAUCUCCACCCUGCGGACGGUCUUUGUGAUCCUGUUCUACACCAUGAUCAGCGCGGCCGUCAAUCUCCAUCGACGCGACCAUCCGGCCUUCAAGCUGCUGGGCAAGGUCCCCUACGGCUUCCAGCACGCCGGUGUGCCCAAGAUUAAUGCGGAUAUCAUCAAGACCUUUGCCUCCGAACUCCCUGCCGCGGUGAUCGUGCUGGUCAUUGAGCAUAUUGCCAUUUCGAAAUCGUUCGGGCGCGUCAACAACUACACCAUCAAUCCGUCGCAGGAGUUCAUCGCCAUUGGCAUUGCCAACCUGCUGGGCCCCUUCCUGGGCGGCUAUCCGGCCACGGGGUCGUUCUCGCGCACGGCCAUCAAGGCCAAGUCGGGCGUCCGGACGCCGCUGGCGGGGGUCAUCACGGCCAUCAUCGUCCUGCUCGCCAUCUAUGCCCUGCCGGCCUUGUUCUUCUACAUCCCCAGCUCCUCUCUGUCGGCGGUCAUCAUCCACGCGGUGGGCGACCUGAUCGCCCCGCCCCGCACGCUGUACCAAUUCUGGCUCGUGUCGCCCCUGGAUGCCCUGAUCUGCUUCAUCGGCAUCAUCGUCAUCAUCUUCUCCACCAUCGAGAUCGGAAUCUACUGCACCAUCUGCUUGUCGGUGGCCGUGCUGCUGUUCCGCAUUGCCAAAGCCCGGGGCCAGUUCCUCGGGCCGGUGCCGGUCCAUUCGGUCAUUGGCGACCACCUGUUGGAGGACACGGGCUCCAAGGAAUUCAAUCCCGGCUCGCAACUCGCCAGCUCGGACUUCAAGCAUGCGUCGCGCCGCACCAUCUUCCUGCCCCUGGCGCAUACCGAUGGCUCCAACCCGACCGUCCCCGUCCGCCAGCCCGCGCCGGGCAUCUUCAUCUACCGGGUGUCGGAAGGGUUCAACUACCCCAACGCCAACCACUACACGGACUACCUCGUGCAACACAUCUUUGAAUCCACCCGUCGCACGAACCCCUCGUUAUUCUCCCGGCCCGGGGAUCGGCCGUGGAACGACCCUGCGCCGCGCAAGCCGCAGCCGGAGGCCGAGGACCCCUCGGCGCAACGGCCGCUGCUGCGGGCCAUCAUCCUGGAUUUCUCCGCGGUGAACAAUGUCGACGUGACCUCGGUGCAGAAUCUGAUCGAUGUCCGGAACCAACUGGACCGGUACGCCGCCCCGGACCGCGUGGCGUGGCACUUUGCGCACAUCAACAGCCGGUGGACCAAGCGCGCGCUGGCCGCGGCGGGCUUUGGUCGGCCGUCGGAGCAGUCGCAGGUGCCCCCGAUCUUCAGCGUGGCCGAUGUGAGCGAAUCCCCGCCGGUGACCAAGCCGGGGAGCGACGUGGAGUCCCAAGCGGAGAGCAUCGUGGACGGACGGGAGCCGAUCUCGCAGCCGGCGGGAGGCCGCGAGGACAAGACGUCGGGCGUGCUGAGUAUCCACGAGGUGGAUGCGGCGAGACGAACCCACGCCACAGCUAUUCCACCGCGUGGGGAGGACCAGCGGGCGGUGGUGACGGGCGUGAACUGGCCGUUGUUCCACAUUGACUUGACGAGUGCCCUGGAGUGUGCGGUGGCGGGCAUCUCCGACCGCCCGUCCAAGGCGCAUGCCAGCUGAAGGGGAGGUUGAGAAUCAGUUAUCCUAGAUUUAGUGCUUAAUAGACGUAAUUGCAUCUUACCC